AUGUCAUUCGCCGACUUUUGCAAAAACAAAGUUGACUUAGACUUUGGUUUCUCAAACCUCAACACUGAAGUAAACUAUUAUUUCAAUGCUGCUGGAGAUGCUUGGGACCCAGUUAAGUUCACAUGCGAAAAGUUUGAAUGCAAGAGAAUAGAAAGCAGACUUGCAGUCUAUAUGUUGGACCCAGAUAUUUCAAAUGCUUUAGCUGCCAAAUAUAUUGCAGUUCCACUUAUGUUCCCUAUACACCAAAUAUCUGUCAAAGACUUUGCAGGUGAAGUUGGAAACCAAAGUGCUGACCCAGGUGCAAGAACAGAUAUUGCCUUAACAACUGCAAUGAAACAUGCAGAUACUAUGUUUGUACUGUUCAGACGAACUAUAAAUGACUAUUCUUGCUUCUACAACCCUGGUAUUAAAUACCAUAUAAACAUAGAUGGCAAAUACUAUCCAAGAGAAGAAUAUUCUACAGUUGAGGAUAUGAGGUCAUACAACUUGACAUUAGAUGCUAUGAACUUUAACAACAACUUCACAACAACCAUUAACCCUGAAAUGCAAAGUUCUAUUAUGCCAUAUGUGAAAGUAUGGACUCAUACAGGAGCUCAAAAAACUCAAUAUACAAAUGGAGACCGUUCAAACUUUUGGCUUGGCAUUCCAUUUGCUGACUCAGAAGACUUUAUGGGUGGUAUUUCAACUGUUG